AUGUACCGCCCUGAGGGCCCUCCGAGUGUCGAGUCCAGCGUGUGCUGCACAUCCUCAAUGUCUAUGUCAGAAAAAGACAGGCUGGAGGUGGACAAUCUGCAGAUACAACAUGACCAUGUGCUCGCCUCGUGCCCUUGCCGGGCCCCAAGUGUACUCACCUGGGCCAUCAUACAGGGCAAGAGCUGCUUCGUCCAAUACAUGAUGGGGCGGUUCCCUGUAUGCGUCAACCUUCCAGAUUGGAACAACCAACGACCAAUCAUGGUGGCUAUGGAAUAUCGACAGCACGAGAUCUUGCAAUCGCUCCUCUGCGAUCCACAUACCAACGUGAACGUCGCAGAUAAGAGUGGGCAUACUCUUCUCCACCUUGCUGUGAUUUACGACGAUGUGACGGCGGUCGAAAUUUUGCUGAAGCACAAAAAUGUCAACAUCAAUGCUCGAGACAGCAACGGCGAUACUGCACUUCUACUGGCUGCCAAGAUCCACGGCUGUGAUCAGCCCAAUAGCAACCGGAUACUUGAUUCACUGUUGUCGCACAAAGACAUUCGAGCCGAAUCGCUUGAUUAUUCCGGUCGUUCGGCCCUCUGGCACGCAGUGAACACCUGCAACUGGCAGUUGCUUUGCCUUCUCGCAAAAUUUCCGCGGGUUCAGACCAACGUCCCUGAUCAUCAAGGUGUCAGCCCGUUAGCCCGGGCCGUGAUCCGCAGACGGCUUGACAUUUUCAAUUGGCUUCUUGCUACCUUGCCGCGAGACAUUGCCUAG